UCUCAGAUGGUUGUGUUGUCGGGCAAUGCUGUAGCAGAGCAUAGCUGCUGAAAAGGCAAAGAGAGAGAGAGAGAGAGACUCGGGCAUGAUCUAAAUCCUUGGCCGCGCAGUCGUCAAAUGAUGUAUAUUCUGUGCUCAGCCAUGAAAGCUCAAAUUGAAAUUAUCCCAUGCAAGAUCUGUGGAGAUAAAUCGUCAGGAAUCCAUUAUGGCGUCAUUACCUGUGAAGGCUGCAAGGGUUUCUUCAGGAGAAGCCAACAGAGCAAUGCUACCUACUCAUGCCCUCGACAAAAGAACUGCCUCAUCGACCGAACAAGCCGCAAUCGAUGCCAGCACUGCCGAUUACAGAAGUGUUUGACAGUGGGAAUGUCUCGAGAUGCUGUCAAGUUUGGUCGGAUGUCCAAGAAGCAGAGAGACAGUCUGUAUGCUGAGGUCCAGAAACAUCGUCUGCAGCAACAACAGCGAGACCACCAGCAGCAACCUGGGGAAGCAGAACCCCUGACUCCAACGUACAAUGGGCUGACAGAACUGAACAAUGACCUCAGCAACCUUUACAUGGAUGGGCACACUCCAGAAGUGGGCAAAGCUGACUCAGGAAUGAACAACUUCUAUCUGGACAUUCAGCCAUCCCCCGACCAGUCCGGCCUAGACAUCAAUGGUAUUAAACAGGAGCCCAUAUGUGAAUAUGCAGCGGUCCCUGACUUUUUUCCAUACUGCUCCUUCACAAACGGUGAAAGCUCUCCCACUGUCUCAAUGACAGAACUAGAGCACCUCGCACAGAACAUCUCCAAGUCCCACAUUGAGACCUGCCAGUACCUGCGGGAAGAGUUGCAACAAAUAACAUGGCAAGCCUAUGUGCAGGAAGAAGUGGAGAUUUACCAGAAUAAGCCCCGGGAGGUGAUGUGGCAGCUUUGCGCUAUCAAAAUAACUGAAGCGAUUCAGUAUGUGGUGGAGUUUGCGAAACGGAUCGAUGGAUUCAUGGAACUGUGUCAAAACGAUCAGAUUGUACUUCUGAAAGCAGGUUCUUUAGAAGUUGUGUUUGUCCGAAUGUGUCGAGCCUUUGACCCACAGAAUAACACGGUUUAUUUUGAUGGCAAAUAUGCUGGUCCAGAUAUCUUCAAAUCAUUAGGUUGUGACGACUUGAUCAACUCCAUCUUUGAAUUCGGUAAAGGUUUGUGUAUGUUGCACCUCGUGGAGGACGAGAUCGCCUUGUUUUCUGCCUACGUGCUGAUCUCUGCAGAUCGUCUCUGGCUCCAGGAGAAGAUAAAAGUUGAAAAACUGCAACAGAGAAUUCAAUUAACACUCCAGCAUAUUUUGCAGAAACAUCACAGAGAGGAUGGCAUUCUGACAAAGCUGUUAUCUAAAGUGUCUACGUUACGAACACUGUGUAAUCGGCACAUUGAGAAGCUGUCCUCGUUCAAAGCAAUACACCCAGACAUUGUGCGGGUACAUUUCCCUCCGUUGUAUAAGGAGCUGUUCAGCUCCGAGUUUGAGCAAAUGAUGCCGACGGAUGGUUAGAUAUUGUCAUCAGAGGAGAUCGAAACCCUGGAAGUACCUGCAUCAGAUAAUUGAAGAUAUUUCACAUUUUCCCCUUGCUGCACUGCAGUGGCUGUGCACAAGUCUAGGAGAUUAA